GCGGGGGUCCCCUAUAUAUUUUAAGUUAACUUCUAUGAUUUUUUGGCUAGUGUUACUUACCUUACAAAAAGACACUUUUCUUCUUAUCUUAUUUUUUGAGUUUAAAUCUGUUACAAAGGGUCUUCAAGCUAUUAUAUAAAGAGAAAAAAAUUUGCACCUUCACUGUUAAAGGUAACGAUGGCAGGCGAGUCGAUACUCCACGUCGAGGAAGAGAAGCGUAGUUCUAAAUUGAAUCCUAUACAAAAGGAACUAUUUUUCGAAAGGGAGUCUAGUCGAACAGAUUUUUGCAAGAGAUAUGAGCCGGAUGAAUUUGAAUCACGCAAGCACUAUUACCCUCGAGUCUUAAAUUCUCAACUUCAUCCCUUUGUUUCUUUUUUUUUUAAUCUUUCCACUGAACAAAUGGUCAAACGUUACUGCCAUCUUCACCCGCAAGCUAAUUCUGAGGCCCUUUUAUCCGCUUUAAAAUAUGUACCUAAGUAUCUGAGGUGGGCUGGUUCUGAUUUGUUUUAUGUGACCAACGAAGUUGGUAAUCGGGCCAUGCUUAUAGUUGAAACCAAUUCUUGUCCUUCUGGACAAAAAUCCAUGCCCCACCUUUCUGACGAUGACGAAUAUGGUUGCUAUAGGAAACUGGUUGAGCUUACUUUCAAGCCUAUGGUUUUGGAAGCCCAGAAGAACCAAUCAGACUUCAUUCACGAAGGAGUGCUUGCAGUAUUGUAUGAUAAGAACAUUAUGGAAGCGAGCGGGUAUGCCGCUGCGUUGGCCACCGUGUUUAAUGAGCCCGUUUAUUUAGUGGAGUGUCGUGACUUUACUUCUUACACACGUCCAGGUGAGACAUCUCCACCCGACUUGGUCAGAGUUAAGUGGUCGGAGGACGGUGUUUGUCACAUUAAAGUUACUCCGGAAGAGAAGUGGCUUCCCGUACGGGCAUGCUUUCGAUACGUUACACAGAGACCUUGGAACAGAAUUCCGGUCGAUUCACGCACGUUAAUACUAAACCCCACGGUCGUCUGCUUGGCAGGUGGCCGAAAUAAAAGCCUUGCCGCUCUGGCCUAUGAUCUCUACAACAAGGAGCUCAAACACCACGGCUUUCAGAUAACAGUCCCUCAAACAUUUCGUGAAGUCUCGAAGCGCGACGUUCCGGCUUUCGUGGAGUGGCUGGGAGGGCGGGCUGUUGUUAAGAACCCUUACUCUAAUGCGGGACAGGGCGUUUAUACCGUCACGAAUGAAAAGGAACUAAAUGACUUAAUGCAGGGGCAUCACGACUAUGACCAAUUCAUCGUUCAACAACUGAUCGGCAAUGCUGAGUGGUCUUCCAUUACCAGCAAGACACGCUACUACCAUGUGGGGACCAUGCCGUCGGCCAAGUAUUUGACUUCGUACGUUUAUGAUCUGCGCAUGAUGGUCUGUGCUACAUCCAAGGGGUAUCGGCCUCUCGCUAUGUAUUCUCGCCAGGCUAGUGCGCCUCUUCCUGAGCAACUUAGUGAGGGUCAUGAUUCGUGGACAAUAUUAGGAACUAACCUUUCUGUACGAAAAGACGAUGGCGCUUGGGACACUGAAACCGACAGGCUAAUGCUCGUGGACAGAAAGGACUUUAACCGCCUGGGUCUGGGGAUUGACGACCUGAUUAAGGCAUUCAUCCAGACGGCGCUAGCUACCAGCGCCAUCGACAAGAUGUGCUGCAAGCUUAUAAACGAGCAUACCGGAAGUCUAAACUUGAGCCUUCUGGCUACUAUGAAUCCGGACAAGGCCCUUCUUGCCGAAGUGCUUCAAGGAACCCCCUCGUUAAAAACGCAACAUCCUAACGCACCUCUUCACACCUCUGACUUGUCCUUCAGUGAUCUUGACCUCGCGCUUAACCAAGAGCCACAUACCCAAAUAUUGGACCACUAUACCCAGAAAAAAAAGUAGUUGCUUCAUGCAGUGCAUCAAAAAUAA